AUGCUGGCUCAGGCCACCAUUGACUUUCACUUGGCUGAUACAAAUUCUUCAAAAUCGGUUGGCAGUGAUGCACCCUGUGUUGCAAAAGUGGAACCCAGUGACAAUGGCCCUCUUUUUACUGAAUUAAAGUUCUACCAGCGAGCUGCUAAACCAGAGCAAAUUCAGAAAUGGAUUUGUACCCAUAAACUGAAGUACCUUGGUGUUCCUAAGUAUUGGGGAUCUGGACUGCAUGACAAGAAUGGGAAAAGUUACAGGUUUAUGAUAAUGGAUCGCUUUGGGAGUGACCUUCAGAAAAUAUAUGAAGCAAAUGCCAAAAGGUUUUCUCGGAAAGCUGUCUUGCAGCUAAGCUUGAGAAUUCUGGAUAUCCUGGAGUACAUCCACGAGCACGAGUACGUGCACGGGGACAUCAAGGCCUCGAAUCUUCUUCUGAGCUACAAGAACCCUGACCAGGUGUAUUUGGUAGAUUAUGGCCUUGCUUAUCGAUACUGCCCGGAAGGAGUUCAUAGAGAAUAUAAAGAAGAUCCCAAGAGAUGUCACGAUGGCACUAUUGAAUUCACCAGCAUUGACGCACACCGUGGCGUGGCCCCGUCACGACGCGGUGAUUUGGAAAUCCUCGGCUACUGCAUGAUCCAGUGGCUUAGUGGCCAUCUUCCUUGGGAGGACAAUUUGAAGGAUCCAAACUAUGUUAGAGAUUGCAAAAUUAGAUACAGAGACAAUAUUGCAAGUUUGAUGGAAAGAUGUUUUCCUGAGAAAAACAAGCCAGGUGAAAUUGCUAAAUAUAUGGAAGCUGUGAAAUUACUGGACUACACUGAAAAGCCUCUUUAUCAGAAGUUCCGUGAUAUUCUUUUGCAAGGACUGAAAGCUCUAGGAAGUAAGGACGACAGCAAGCUGGACCUCGGUGUUAUCGAGAACGGAAAUUUGAAAGCAAAAGCAGUAGCAAAGAAGAGAAAGACAGACAUGGAGGAAAGCCUGGCAUCCAGUGUGGAGGAGAUGGAGCACUCCGAUUCCCAGGUGGAGGAGGUCCCACAGACACGUUCAAGAACCCGAAAAAGAAUCCAGAAGUAAAUCACAUGGCUCAGAACAACUUUUCUCCAUUUUCAUUUGACUUUUUCUCCAUUUGUGUUUUGCUUUGUUUUCAUGUGAGUGUUGUGGGGUGGGUGUAAUAAUUAAAACCUUUGUCUUUGAAACAAGCUUUUUCAUUAAAUGAAUACGUUGUACAAUUAAUAGAGGCUAGUUUAUAAAUUUCAGAAUCUUCAAGUUAUGUGCACUAAGUGGUCAAAUAGUUCAGGUGGGCAUAUGAGAAAAAUUGCUUGGAAUCUACUUUCCCAAUCAUUGUGCAUUUCCCAGAGUGGCUAAAAAUUGUUGGACAGAAUCUUCACUUUUAAGGAAAUGCAAAACUUGAAAUAAAGGUCAUUUUUGCU